AUGUCUCGAAAAGCCGUCGACGCCCGCAUCCCGACGCUCAUCCGCAAUGGCGUCCAGAGCAAGAAGCGCAGCAUCUUCGUCGUCGUCGGCGAUCGCGCAAAAGACGUAAUCGUGCACCUGCACUACAUCAUGUCCAGCAUGGAUGUCGCCAGCGGAAGCUCCUCCUCGGCCGGUGUCACGCCCAGGAACAAGUCUGUCCUCUGGGCCUACAAGAAGAAGCUGCUCGACUUUACGAGCCACCGCAAGAAGCGCGAGGCCAAGAUCAAGAAGGAGGUCAAGCGCGGUGUUCGCGAGGCCAACACCAACGACCCCUUUGAGCUGUUUGUGACGCUCCAUGACAUUCGCUAUGUCUACUACAAGGAGACGGACAAGAUUCUCGGCAACACCUACGGCAUGUGCAUCCUGCAGGACUUUGAGGCCCUGACCCCCAACAUGCUGGCCCGCACCGUCGAGACCGUCGAGGGCGGCGGCCUGGUCGUGCUGCUGCUCAAGAGCAUGACCAGUCUGCGCCAACUCUACACCAUGACCAUGGACGUCCACUCGCGCUACCGCACCGAAGCCCACACCGACGUCGUGCCGCGCUUCAACGAGCGCUUCAUCCUGUCGCUCGGCGGCUGCGACGCCUGCCUCGUUAUCGACGAUGAGCUCAACGUGCUGCCCAUAUCGCAGGGCAAGGAGGUCAAGCCGCUGCCACCCCCGAGCGACGACGACGACGACGACGAGGAUGGCGGUGGCGAGGGCGGCUCGCGUUCCGAAAACACGCGCAAGCUCGCCGAGCUCAAGGACUCGCUGAGCGACACCCCACCCAUCGGCAGCCUUGUGCCCCUCGCCCGCACUCUCGACCAGGCCCAGGCCCUCCUGACCUUCACCGACGCCCUCGCCGAGAAGUCCCUGCAGGGCACCGUGGCGCUGACGGCCGCCCGCGGUCGCGGCAAGUCGGCCGCCAUGGGUGUUGCAGUGGCUGCCGCUGUGGCGCACGGCUACGCCAACAUCUUCAUUACAUCGCCCUCCCCCGAGAACCUCAAGACCCUCUUCGACUUUGUCUUCCGCGGCUUCGAUGCCCUCGGCUACCUCGACCACGUCGACUACACCAUCAUCCAGUCCACCAACCCGGACCUCGCCAACAAGCCCGUUGUCCGCGUCAACAUCCACCGCAACCACCGCCAGACCAUCCAGUACAUCCGUCCCCAGGACGCUCACGUUCUGGGCCAGGCCGAGCUGCUGGUUAUUGACGAGGCCGCCGCCAUCCCGCUGCCGCUUGUGCGCAAGCUCAUGGGCCCGUACCUCGUCUUCAUGGCGUCCACCAUUAACGGGUACGAGGGUACCGGUCGUUCGCUGUCGCUCAAGCUGAUCAAGCAGCUGCGUGAGCAAUCGCGUGGCGGCAGCAGGCCCGCGUCCAAGGACAGCAAGACCGCCGUGGCUGACCGCUCGACGGGCCGCGCCGCCAAGGUGCAAGAUCCCUUCGACUACCAGGGCGGUGGCCUCGGUGGGGCGCGGACGUUGCGUGAAAUCACAUUGUCGGAGCCCAUCCGCUACGCCCAGGGCGACGCCGUCGAGAGCUGGCUCAACACCGUGCUGUGCCUCGACGCCAAGUUGCCGCGUGCCCAGGGCGGCAGCCCAGCGCCGUCGUCGUGCGAGCUCCUGCAGGUGAACCGCGACACCCUCUUCUCCUUCCACGCCGUGUCCGAGCGCUUCCUCCAGCAAAUGGUUGCCCUCUACGUCUCCAGUCACUACAAAAACACGCCCGACGACCUGCAGCUGAUGAGCGACGCCCCCGCCCACGAGCUUUUCGUGUUGGUGCCGCCCAUCUCCGAGGACAGCAGCCGUCUGCCUGAGCCGCUCUGUGUUAUCCAGGUGGCGCUCGAAGGCCGCAUCAGCCGCGAGAGCGUGCUCAAUGCCCUCAGCCGCGGUACGCGCCCUGCGGGUGACCUGAUCCCCUGGCUCGUGAGCCAGCAGUUCCAGGACGACGGCUUUGCGUCGCUGUCCGGCGCACGCAUUGUCCGCAUCGCCACAAACCCCAACUACGUGCGCAGCGGAUACGGGGCGCGCGCUUUGGAGCUGCUGUGCGACCACUACGGCGGCAAGUUUACGAACCUGUCGGAGGCGGACUUGGACAUCCUCGAGAACCACGGCGCGUCUGCGACCAUGAAGCGCGUGACCGACGCGGAGCUGGCGCAGACCUCGCUGCUCGAAGACGACAAUGUCAAGGUGCGCGACAUCCAGUCGAUGCCGCCGCUGUUUUCGCGCCUGUCCGAGAGCCGGCCGCCCGCACUGGACUACGUUGGUGUCAGCUACGGCCUGACGGGCGAACUGCUCAAGUUCUGGAAGCGCGCCUCGUUUGCACCCGUGUACCUGCGCCAGACGGCCAACGAGCUGACGGGCGAGCACACGUGUGUGAUGCUGCGGCCGCUCGAGUCCAGCGCCACGAGCGGCGACGCUUCGUGGCUGGGCGCCUUCUCGCGCGACUUCCACCGGCGCUACCUGUCGCUGCUGUCCUUCCAGUUCCGCGACUUUAGCUCUGUGUUUGCGCUGAGCAUCAGCGAGGCCGCGCGCAUUGGUGCGGCACGCUUCGCCGACCAGGACGACGCUGCCCACGGCGGCGCACCGCCGGCCCUGACCAAGGCCGAACUGGACGCGCUGCUGACGCCGUUUGACCUGAAGCGCUUGGAGUCGUAUGCGAACAACAUGCUCGACUACCACCUGAUUCUCGACCUGGUGCCGACAGUCGCCCACCUGUACUUUACGGGCCGGCUGGGCGCGCCCAAGCUGCCGGGUGUGGCUGCGGCCGCUGCCAAUGGCGAGGGGCGCAACACCAAGGCCGGUGUCGAGCUCACGGGCGUCAUGCAGGGCAUCCUGCUGGGCAUCGGUCUGCAGCGCAAGGACAUGGACACGGUGUCGGCCGACCUGACGCUGCCCGUCUCGCAGCUGAUGGCCAUGUUCAUCAAGAUUCUUCGCAAGGUCACGAGCCAUUUUGCCACCAUUGUCGCCGCCGCCGUCGAGGCCGAGAUGCCGCGCGCAGCACGCGGUCCCCUGGGCGUGUCCCGCGCGGACGCAUCGGGUGUGCACGACGACGAGGUGGUGGACGACAAGUUCAAGCCAUUGUCUCUGUCGAUUGCGGAUGAGCUCAACGCCAAGGCCGGCAAGAAGAGCUUGGGUGUUGCAGAGGAGGAGGAGGAGGACGUGGCCAGCGACGAUGAGGACGAGGAAAAGGUGCGCCGGCGCAAGCAGCGCGAGCUGAUCAACGCCCUGCCCCUCGACCAGUACGAGGUCGAGGAGGGUGAUGUGCCGGGCUGGGAGGAGGCCGAGCGGCAGGUGGCCGCGGCCAUGCAGGACGGCGGCGGCACGAAGAAGGGCAGCAGCACGACGGUGAGCAUCAAGAGCAGCAAGGCGCCGUCGUCCAAGCGGAAACCGGGCGACACGACGGUGGCAGAGGUGUACGACGAGGCCUUUGGCGAGAAGAAGAAAAAGAAGCGGCGGCAUUAG